CUCUUCCCUUCUCUCCGGUUGAUUGACGUGCCCCGAAGCAGGGGAAUGUAACUAUAAAAGGAGAAGAAUUAGUGAAAUAAAGCAGUUCGAUAUCACGAUAAAAUCAUCUUAUCGUUACAACACCGUAAAUAUGAUUCAUCAUUUUUGUGCAUACAACUUUAAACUUCUUUGUUUUUUUUUGGUUAUAUUUCAGUCAACCAUCACCAGUUCAACAUCAACAAGCAAAAAUAACUCAUCAUCAAACAAGUCGUCCAACAAUGAGUUUAACACGUGAUCGACCUGUUCAGUCACGAUCAUCAAUUUUUCCACGUAAUCAAGCUUAUACACCGAUGCCAUCAGCUGCUCGUUGUACAUUAACUGGUGUUUCACAUCCAUCGAAUGUUCAUUAA